UACUACAGUAUUACACUGUACUACUUUGACGAACCCAGAGAACAAACAGACAUUGAGUUGACAAAGCUAAUGGUUCGUUACGUUGGUAUAGCAUUAUUUCAUUUGAAAAUGGACAGUGUGUGGCCCAGGAAGGAAAUGAGUUUGACAUCCAUCAUUCAUCCACCCAUUCAUUAGAUACCAUUAUUAUAUUCAUUGUGCAGGACGCAAGGAGGCGCUGGAGUCAAUCCCAGCUGCUAAUACAGUAGGCAACUCUGGUCUAAUGUACAUGUAGAUAGUAGAGACAACAUUAAUUUGAUGUAAUAAUCAUAUAAAGAGAGAAUGUUCUGGAGUAGGUUGAGUUCUAUGGGUUUUCUAUGUGAAAACUGUGAAACUGUGGAGAUGCAGUAAUAUUUCAGCACCACGGAGAGCGCCACCUGCCCUCUCCACUGUCUUCAUUGUCAGCAGUGACGCUCAAACACAACAGUCUCCUUCACUGCUGUGUCAGACUAAUGUCAACCUGGUUGGUUCUGGGCUGGUUCUGUUCUCUCCUCUCGGUGUCAGUAACAGUUCCGCUCGGGGCUGUCACUGUUGCGCUAUAGUUCCUGCCUCCUGAGACCGAACCGCUGCCGCUCCAGAGCUCAGUACCGCGGCUGCUGCCCUCAGGAGAACAACUUGACCGGAGCAGGAAGUAACUGGACCACCGCGGAGAGCAGAGUGUUUUUAACAGUUCUGGAUCAUUUUUAGAUGAUUUUAACUUAAAUGAAAACGCUCAGAGCAUGUGUUUAACGCAGAGGUUCUAGUUCAUUUCCUCGUUUCUGCAACUCCUUCUUUUAGUUUUUGAUUUACCAGAAAUACUUUCAGAAUCACGAGAUAUGUCACGCAAAAAGGCGUCCAAAGGUAAAAGCACCUGCAGCAGCCCGUCCACUGCCGGUCUUAUGGGUAAAGGAACCGGGAAACCAGCGAGGGGCAGCCCGGGUAUUGUUCAGAUGAACGGUGUGGUCCACCCCAGCAGACCCUCCAUCAGCAGCAGCAACGAGUUUUACGACAUCGCCUUCAAGGUGAUGCUGGUCGGAGACUCUGGUGUAGGAAAAACCUGCUUACUGGUCCGCUUCAAGGACGCAGCGUUCCUGGCUGGCAGCUUCAUCUCCACUGUGGGCAUCGACUUCAGGAAUAAAGUUCUGGACAUUGAUGGAGUGAAGGUGAAGCUGCAGAUCUGGGACACAGCUGGACAAGAGCGCUUCCGUAGUGUGACCCACGCCUACUACCGCGACGCCCAUGCUCUUCUUCUUCUGUAUGACGUCACCAACAAAUCUUCCUUUGAAAACAUAAGGGCAUGGCUGACUGAGAUCCACGAGUACGCCCAACAGGAUGUGGUGCUCAUGCUGCUCGGAAACAAGGCCGAUGCCACUCAUGACAGAGUGGUGAAAAGAGAAGAUGGGGAGAAGCUGGCUAAGGAGUUUGGAGUUCCAUUCAUGGAGACCAGCGCCAGGACAGGUCUGAAUGUGGAGCUGGCCUUCACUGCUGUGGCAAAGGAGCUGAAGCACAGGUCUGUGAAGGACCCCAGUGAGAAGUUCAAACUGCAGGAGUACGUCAACAAGGAGAUGAGGAGCAGUGGCUGCUGCAGGUCAUGAACUCUCUGCAUUCCCUCCCUGGAUGUCUGUGUGGCUCGGUGUGUGUGUGUGUGUGGUGUAGCUAUCCUUGUGGGGACAUUUUGUUUGUAAGAUGCUCUGUUGUGGGGACCUUUUUUUAGGUAAGAGGGUAUUUUGAGGCCUAAGGUUUAGUUUCGUAGAGUUAGGGUGGGGUUAGAGAAGGAAUAAGAUUAGUCAUAUAUUUGUAAUAGUUAAGGUUAGGGUAAGAGGUUAGGGAAUAAAUUAUGUCUACGUGAAGUCCACACAAUGCCUCAAAACCUGUGUGUGCGCGUGUGACUCAUUUCCAUACCCGGUGUGUGUGUGUGUAUCUGACCUGUCAGUGAUGAUGAGUCAGAUCCAGCGAGGUAUAAAGAUUUUUGUCACCACACUCUGUCUUUUGUUUUUUUCCUUCUCUCCUUUGAAUUCUAUUUUCUUUUUAGCUCAGACAUUGAAUGUGACGCACAACGAAUAACUCUUUUGUGUGUGUGUGUGUGAUUACAAUUGAAGGACGUUUCAGAGAGACUAAAAAAAUUGUAUUUUAAAACCCACUGAUUUUGUAUUCACACCUGGAAAUAUCAGUGGAAUUCAAAUGCUUGUGUUUUCAUCAUAUAGAGUGAGUACUGUACAGUACUGUAUGAUGAUAUAGUACUUGACUUGUGCAGUGAUUUGUCCUCUGUCUGUUGUUCAGUGUCUGUCUGUGAUCAUGGCUCCGUGGAGCCACUUGAGCUCACCAGCAUAAAGUCAAUAAGCAUUACCACAAAAACUACAGUACUGUAUGUACUUCAGUAUGGUGUACUAACAGUACUAUUUUUGUUGAGUGUUGUACAUACAGAUACUGAUGUAAAACUUUAUUAGACAGUGGUUCUCAAAAUGUUUCUGCAGAUGAUAGGCCUGGACCCCCACAUUGACCCUUUCACAGCUACUGCUUCAGAACGUCAGUGUUCUCCAUUGUAUUUCAAAUGCUUUAACAUUUACAAAAACAAAACAAAAAAACAACAAAAAAAAUGGUUUGAUUUACCAACUAUGGGACAAAAUUUAAACUGAAAUUUGCCACCCACUGCAUUACAGUAGCUCCAUGCCCCCAUCAAGGGCCCCGCCCCCCACUUUGGGAACCACUGGAUUAGACUUUUGAAGUUAUGUUAAGCACAAAAAUAGUAAAACAUGACAAGAGCAUGAGUUACUGAAAGUACAACAGCCGUCAUAUUUAAAGUACUUGAUAUUUUUCCUUGCAUGAUAAUAGAUUACAGAGAAGUAGUUCUGUCACGGGUCGAUUGAGUCCUGGACAAAUAAAGGCAAUAUCACAAACGACUGUACGUGACAUUUCUUUCACAAUGCUGGUUUCAUCAGUACAAACACUACAGUAGUCUGGAUGUAUAUUUCUACUUUGCUUAACAGUCAUUAUGAUACAGCCUUUUAAAAAAAUGAUUUGAUGUUUUUUUUUUAUGUGAGUACCAUUUCAAUCCUCAUCUCAACAUCAUCUCCAUCAUGUUAUGUAGUGUUCUGGUAGAUUCCAUGGACCAUACUAAAACCUGAACAUUGAGACAUUACUCACUGUACAGCCUCAGCGUGAUGUUUGCUAAUUAAAUGGUGUAACAACUAUGUACUGUAAUAAUGUGUACUUUGUGAAUAAAAGGUAACGACAGUAAAAACAGGAGGUGAAUUGGUUUGUACUUUUAAAGUAAUUGUUUGUACUGGACUUUUCAGAGCUUUGCUCCCUGUACUUAGAUAUUUGUACAAAAACACCACACACUGAGACUGAUCUUUUGUUUAAGGAAUUUACACCUGCGGUGUUUUUGGAGGACACAUUUCUACAAGGCUGUAUGGUCAAACUGCAUGUUGCCAUAAUUAUUCAUUAAAUACACAAGGCACUUUCUAUCUUCAAACAAUCAGGUUUGGGUUU